AUGAAUUUCAAUCGAAUAUCCAACAAAGUGACGGUCCAAUACAUAGCAGAUCCGUACACUAUGUUGAUUAACUAUAAGAGGAGUUUCAAGUUCCUCAAGUUGUUAAAGGAGAACAAUGCUCCUGUAUUGGUUAUCGGUAACAAGAACCAAGGAGGGGUCAGCUGGAAGAACCAUUUUGAAGGUCUUCAGUUCUCGAAAGCACGCAUGGACAUGUCGGUCAUAGCAACAGCAUCAGCCCACUAUCACCUCAUAAUGUGUCUAGAUCCCGUGCUUUACAUCAAAGCCCUGCAUCAAAUCAAUGUUCCCGUCAUGAUGGUGGCGACGAAUCGAGAGCUUAGCGAACAUCCUGAGAUCCUCGAGUCAUGUGACUAUCUUUUGCCCUGCCCUACUGCGAGGACGGACUUCAUGCUGCGGGACAUUGUCGCAUCACAGGUGAUGAAGGAGACGAAGCCUGACUUGUCCAUACCGCUGACUAAGUCGGAGGAGCCCACCGAGGAUGUCGGUAGUUCAGUGAAGAUCCCGACUGCUGAGACUACUAGUGUGCCGAGCGAAUGGUCAUGA